AUGGCGGAUGCCAUCUCCCCAGCUCUACGUUCAUUUCUGGAACAUUUGGAUGAUAAAGACACCUAUAGUUCGAAACCUGGCACCUUCACUGUUGACUACAAAGAAAAUUGUUUCAGUAAAGAUGGCUCCUGCUUCCAGUACAUCUCUGGGAGUAUCCACUACUUCAGAGUUCCUCCCAUCUACUGGAAGGACAGACUGCAGAAAAUGUAUAUGGCAGGGCUCAACGCUAUCCAAGUGUUCGUGGCCUGGAAUUACCAUGAAAUGACACCAGGGGUGUUCGACUUCACCAAGUCCAGGGACAUUGAAAGUUUCCUCCGCCUUGCCCAGGAGACAGGUCUGCUGGUCAUUCUGCGUCCUGGACCGUACAUCUGUGCAGAGUGGGACCUGGGUGGUCUCCCAGCCUGGCUCCUGCAGAAUUCAACGAUCAGUUUACGAUCAUCUGAUGAAAGAUACUUGGCAGCCGUGGAUAGAUGGUUUGAAGUUCUGCUGCCGAAGAUGAAGCCUUUCCUGUACCAGAAUGGAGGACCCAUCAUCAGUGUGCAGGUGGAGAACGAGUAUGGCAGUUACUUCACCUGCGACUACAACUACCUGCGACAUCUCCACAACAUCACCCGAACCGUGCUGGGCCCUGAGGUGCUCUUGUUCACCACCGAUGGCAACCGGGUACAGGAGCUGAACUGUGGAACGCUGCAGGGGAUGUACGCCACUAUCGACUUCGGCACCACUGAAGAUGUCACCACCUCAUUUGAAGUGCAGAGGCAGUUUGAACCAAGUGGACCACUGGUGAACUCGGAGUUUUACGUGGGGUGGCUGGACUACUGGGGAGUGGAACAUUCUGUCAUUCCUGUCGCCAAUGUCACCAAGAUGUUGCAGGAACUGUUGGAACUUGGAGCCAGCGUCAACAUGUACAUGUUUGAGGGGGGCACCAACUUUGGAUUCUGGAACGGUGCUGACUACAACAGCAAGUACCGCCCCAUCACCACCAGUUACGAUUACGAUGCCCCUCUGUCUGAGGCUGGCGAUAUCCGUGAGAAGUACCACGCCGUGCGGACUGUGAUCGGCAAGUUCCGGGAUAUCCCAGUGGGACCGCUUCCCCCUCCCACCCCAAAGUUCGCCUACGGCCGGGUGGCCAUGACGAAGUUGGGGUCUGUGCUGGAGUUGCUGUACCUCCUGUCCCCCACCGGAGCCACCAACUCCACAUACCCCACCUUCGAGGAGAUGAAACAGUACUUUGGACUGAUGUUGUACCGCACCCUGCUGCCAAGAGACGUUGAGAAGCCCACUCCUCUGGGGUCGACCAAGAAUGCAGUGCAUGACCGUGCCUACGUCCUGGUCAAUGGGGUUUACCAGGGCUUGCUGGAGCGCGACAGCGUGCUGGAGUUGAACAUCACGGGAGGUAAAGGAGAUGUGCUGGACAUUGUGGUUGAGAACAUGGGCCAUGUCAACUUUGGGCCAUGCCUGCUAGACUUCAAGGGCCUGGUCAGGAACCUUUCACUAGCCACCACUGACCUCACUGACUGGUCUACCUUUCCCUUGGCAAUCGAUGACGUUAUUGCCACUGGCUGGCCUCACUCUGCAGCUCAGCAAGAGGCAAACCCAGCAGCCCAGGUCCUGGAUCCAGGUCAGGGCUCAGACGAGGCCCUGGCUCCGCUCCCGAGCCCACCUUGGCCUCAGGGCCCCACCUUCUACUGCGGGACCUUCUCCUCACCGGAGCCCCUGGACACCUACAUCAGGCUACAGGACUGGACCAAGGGUCAGGUCUGGAUCAAUGGCUUUAAUGUGGGGCGGUACUGGACAGCACGAGGACCCCAACAGACACUCUUUGUGCCCAAGAGUUUCCUCAGUGAGCACUCGCCAAACAAUGUGACAGUGCUGGAGUUGGAGCAAGGUCCCCGUGAUCCAGUAGUGGAGUUCCUGGAUCAUGUGAUCAUCUCGGCACAGACCUAGGGAGAGGGGCGAGACUAUGCUGAUUGAAGUGUGCUGCCAGUGGCUCUCACUCUGCACGGAGGGUCACCGGACUACUGCCAGUAUUUACACGCUUCCAACACAAGAACAAUGGAAUUAUAUUCGAGCAAUUCCCAGUCCCUUUUGGAGCAAUGUUGCAGCUUCACAUUAGCUGAACACGGCCCAGACCAGCCCUGCCUGAGUGUUACAGCUGUGCCAGCAGCCGGUGCCUGUAGUAUACUAUCCUGUACACUACCCACCAGCUGUGUGUCUGGGACACCGGUGGUUCGGUGGGUGUAGAUGGUGAGGCAAGUAGGAGUGAAGCCUUUGUCCCAAAGCCCCCUCUUGGCACCCCUGCCCCGCCCCCGCCCCCCCCCCCCCAGGGUUGUUUCUGUCCAGUCUCUUUCAGCAGGGGGCUUCCCAAACCAACCGUGACCCAACGGCAGCUGAGUCGGCCACAGCUGUGGUACUGAGGUCCUUGGGGAGAGCUGAUGGGUCUUGGACUGACCAUUGAUCUCAGUGCCCUGCUAUUAAUGUGAUCAUGUAAUAAUUUAAAAAAAAUAGUGUCAUGUGAUCUUUGUAUUGUAAAACUUCCAGUAAAUGAAGCAACUUUAUUAAAUAUUUGCAUUUCUAUGGCACCUUUACUGGCAACAAAUGGCCUGAGGUUAGGAACGUACCUCUGGUGUCUCGACAACAACCAGCCCACAGCAUCACUCCAGCCCCAGCACCAGCCAGUCAUCCCUGUGGGACCCAUCCCAUCCUCUGCACGAAGGCCCACUCCCCCCCGGAGCUCUGCCCACAGCCCCGCUCCCCGCCAUGGAGCCGCCCACAGUGCCGCUCCCCACCAUGGAGCUCUGCCCAUGGACCCCCU